GCAAGCGAACAGGCACACUGGACGAUGAUGACAACGAUGGUGAUGCUGAGGAUGACAUUGCAGAAGCCUGAGCCUGGUCGGAGGCUCUGAUGAUGGACUCGCGUGUCGCUUUUGCAAGAUAGGGCCGCUCUUGACGCCCAUUGGCCGCGAGCCUGGGGUCAACGGUGGCCAUGCUGAUCACAAUGUCCGGACGUCCACGAGCCGCUCAAGCCAGUCGCAAAUGCCGACGAAACUCGGUUGCUGUCUGCCAAAAGUCGAGAACAAAACUUAAAGAGCGCGCGCAAUUGCAAUAAAUUGACGACACCAGCCUGCCUGCCCUGCCUGCGCAGCCUGCCUCUUGAGGAGCCAGGAUGCCAAAGUCGAAGCGGAACACGGUGCUCGAUCUGACAAAGACGAAGAAGAAGACUCGUGAGCAAAAGGGGGCGCUCAUCGAAGAGAUCCAGCUUGCGCUUGACACUUUUCAAUUCGUCUGGAUUUUCCAAGUCAAUCACACUCGUAACCAGUACAUUCAGGAGAUCAGAGCGGCAUGGAAGCCCAGCAAGAUCUUCAUGGGUCGCAACGGACUGAUGCGCAAAGCUCUCGGCGCUACUGCAGAGGACGAGCACGCCAGGGGGAGCGCGCAUAUUGGCCAGAUGCUCGAAGGCAACGUCGGGCUGCUCUUCACAGACUGUACGCCAAAGGAAGUCGUCGAGUACUUUGAGAGCUACAAGAAAUCCGAUUUCGCGCGGACGGGCAACCUCGCGACGGAGACGAUUGAAUUGCCUCAGGGGCCUGUCCUCAUGGAAGGUGAACCAGCGCCGCAUUCGAUCGAGCCGCAAUUGAGGAAGGCUGGCAUGCCGACUUCGCUCAUCAGAGGCGUGCCGACGCUCGCAGGAGGAGGCUUCACCGUCUGCAAGGCAGGUCAGACGCUCUCGCCUGAGCAGGUCCAGCUCUUGAAGCUCUUCAAUAAGCCUAUGGCAACCUUUCAGAUCGUGCCCCUCAAGGGACUCGAUGUCAAAGCAGGCUCAGUGAUAGAAGUCGAUUCGGUUCAAGUCGAUCGGUAGUCGCUAUGCAUCCUUCCUGUACUGUAGCACUAG